UAUUAAUAAACUUUUCUCUUCAACAGGCUAACGUAUCAGAUGCAACUGGCGAUCAGCGUAUAACUGCCUUCAAUGAGGCUGCAGAGGCGAUGCUCGGCAGAAACGUCGCGGAAAUCGGGCGCUUGUUCGAAUAUGAUAAGACUGGCUACACUCAAAUGUUCGAAGAAGUCAAAUUCAAGACUUUCGUGUUCAAGUUCCGCACUAAAAUGGAGACAUACAAUGAUGAAGCCCGCCUCAAAACAACAGUAAUAAACGUACAACCAGUAGAUUACAAGGAUGCCAACAAAAGAUUAAUCGCAAGCAUAAAAACACUCUCUGGAGUCGAAGUUUAAGUUCUUUUUUACUUAAAUUUUUAGUAUUAAUGCUUUUUAAUUAAGGAAUAUAAAAUUCAUAAUCCACCUGAAGAUGUGAUUAAUUAAAUUGAUCAUGUAAUGUAAUAGUAUGUAAUGGAUGAUAAUAUUCUUAUCUUGUAUUGUUAAAUUCUCCUAUUGUUAUUCCUCAACUAUUAUGUCAAAUAAAUCUUAAGUUUUUUCUA